AUCAGAUACUAGUGCCAGUGCCACUCUCCGGAACUAGAAUAAUAAUAAUAAUAAAUUAUUAGAAGUGGAUUUUCAACAAUAUUCUUCGGAAAGACAGGGAAGAACUAGCAAAGCUGUCGAACUAGAAUUCACGCACUGUCCCCGCAGGUCACCGCUAGACGCUUACAGAGAGUCCUUUUCUCUUCAUACGGAGUACAGACAGAUACAGAUAGAUACAUACUCAAUUGAUAGAAGCAAGGACCAUACAAGGAUUGAAUUUGUCAGAUCACCUGUAAGUAAUUCGAUCGACCUGAGCUGCCGGGAUGAUGCUAGUCCCAGUUCUGGGUACUACGCGCAGCUGCCCGAUGCAUAACGGCCAUUACUGUACAUACAUACAAGUGCUCUGUACUCCGUACAGAGCACUUGUAUGUACUAGUACUAGUACACUCCCAUCUCUAGUGCUCGAUUGAAUACUUGCUCUACUAUGUACAAGUACAGAGUAGAUAUGAGAAGUUUGACAAGGAUUCAGAGAACCAGUGGCUCAGAACUCACCACGAUACGGGCACCCUGGGAUCGCCAGUCCAGGUAUUAUAUUGAAUCUUCCAUCUGGCAAGGCAAGCAAGCAAGGGAUAUUAUUUCACCGCUCUCCUCCUGGCCCCGUCACACAAUUGAAACCACCCUAUCCCUGCUUUCGCUGGCUCUUCUGAUAGGCUUGUUCACCGGCUGACCGGUUCUAACCCCUUGCGUGGGGACAACGCAUCACACUUGUAUACAGAGUACUUGUAGAGAGUAGAAUAUUACUCCUCCG